AGUGCGAUUUUCUCAUCUGCAGUGCAUGGACGGACAAUCUCAAUAGCUGAUAUUUCAUCUCUAUUUCUUCGUGAAUUAUAUGAGAAGACGUUUAUUAGGAAUAUACGGUACUCGACCGGAGAUCAAUAUGGUGGUUCACAAUUUCGCAUAUGUGAAAUUUCGGGAGUGUGGGUCGACGGCGAUCGUCAGAGUAAAUGAGAUAAAAAACUUUGAUCAAUCGACCCACCACGAAGAUAAGGUGUAUUAUGUGCUUUGGAGGCAGCCGCCGAAGAAGGUCGUCGAGCGCGGCGACACCUCACAGAAAACAUCGACAAAGAAACUGAAGAGGACCCUACAUGUAGGAGUUAGUAGCAAGAACAAAGAUGGGGUCGAACCCAUGGAUUUAGACAACGAGGAGGGCAAAGAAUUUGACUACUACAGGGCUCAGAUUCUACUGCUGGAAGAGACAAAGGAAAAGCUGGAGGAACGAAUACAGAAUGGGCCAAGAAUCAGGGUCCGAAAGCUUGUUGAGUCAAGUGUGGAGGAGGCAAGUGAUGAGGAGGAGUCUGUGCCACUAUCCCUGAAACAAAAGUUCGCUGAAGAAAAAGUUGCCAAGAAAGCCACCAACGCCCACAUUUCUACAGCCAAAAAAACAGCCCUGGACAGUAUCCUGCAAGAAAAGAUGGUGAAACGCAAGACAUUUUUCCCUUGUACCGAUGCACCCAAGAAAGAAACAACCCCAAACACUGGUGUGUCUGCCAGUGCUUCCAACUGUGGUAACUGCAUGUCCUUGAAAAAAAAAGUUGCAGAACUAGAAAAAGAAAAGAGAACUUUCGCCCAAGAAUUGGAGGAACUGAGGACCCUGAAUCGGAGGCUUCAAGAAGAAAUUCUAAACAAAGUGGGACCCUUGAUACCAACUGUGAAGGCACGCACACAGCCCCCCUCCAGCACUUCUGUACAACACACUACGCCCCUUUUCAAGGCUCCGCAACCUAGACCCACACCAAUCCAGACCCCCCCACCAGCCGAACAACUACCAACACCAACAGUUCUCGAAGAUAAAUAUGUGCCUGAUGAUGGUCAAGUGUCCUUAGGAGCAGGAAUAAUCAUACCUGCAGACAAAAUGGAGGCUAUAACUGGGCAGGUUAAAAAUAGCCUAAUGGUUAAAAACCUUGCAGUUGCAGUCUUUGGAACGGCUCUUUUAAGAGAAAGUUCUGUAACUGGACAGACGUGUAACAGAUACAAGGACCAUGCAGUACGGCCUGCACUUGAUUCAGGAAAGCUGCAGGCAGUUAAAGACUUUUUCGCCUACCAUUUAGAGAAGCAGCUGCUAAGUCCCGAACAAUACAAGAAAGAGCUUGGGAAGUUCAAUGGCUACAUCAGAGAGAAGAUAUCUGACAUUCGAAAGUAUUAAGACUGUAUGUUUUGGCAGAUGGAUCUAACAUUGAGAGGGGACCACUUUCACUGAGGGAGGAUAUUUUUUUUAAAUAUUAGAACUUAUUGAAUUGGAUAGUCCAACUUAUUUCUAUCUUGAACCCACCUAUAAAUCAUAUCAUUUUCUCAAUAAAUAUUUCAGUGAUAUUUUAUAGUGAAAGCUGGGCUUUAGUUUUGGUAAGUCUAAAAAUAUAAUAUUUCAAAGAUUAAUAUUGAAAGAUCAAGAUAAAAUAUACAACUUUAUAAUUAGUGCUAUAAAUCAAUAUAAUUGUGCAUGAUAAUAAAAAAAUAGUAAUAGAAUAAGUAAAUAUCAAUAAUAAUCAAUAUUAAAUGACAGAGGGUCCCAGCAAAUAGCUCUAUAUUUCAUUUUGAAAAUAAAACAGAAUCAGUGAUUAACAAUCAGUGUAACCGUCACCCAGCUUGUUAUACGGUUUGAUAGUUAUAAUAUUUCAUUAAAUUUUAAUAUAAUUAACAUUGAAUCUUACACAAAAAUAUAUUACAUAGCUCAGGGAAGUUUUCCUGGUAUUGCAUCACAUUUUGCUCCACAUUUUUUAGAUGACUGCUACACAUAACGUCUUUGGGGUAGCAAAUUUUUACAUAGGGACUGUAGGGAACUUAGUUGAGAGCUUUUCUCGUAUGGCCACAAAUACUUAUCAAAUUCUGUAAGAAAAACUACUCCCUGGAGCUUAUCAUUAUGUACAUGUAUAAAAAUUUGGAAAGGCAUUAAUAUUCCAUGUAUGCAUUUUUCACAGGUCUAUGCAAUUUCAAAGGAACCUACAUGUAGGCAGAUUACUAUUAAGCACCUUGUGAUAUCAAAUUUAUAAAGUUUUGAGCAUAGUAUAGGGUACCUGUAUAGGCUGUAUGUAUGUUGCAAUACAUUACACAAGUCUUUGAGAAAUUAUUGUUGCAUGCAGCAUGGAGGUUUUUGGAGCUGCACUCUACAUGAUGCUCUAAACAUUUUUAAAUUCAUAUAAAAAAGUGCCUUAGUUUUACUCUGCCAUGAAAGCUUGCUGCACAAAUAGAGGUAUCUAGAAUAUAUGGAUACAAAUGUACAGGGGGUCCUUGCCUCUUGUGUUAAAGCUAUACUAAAUUUCAUUACAUUAAUAUUUUAUAUGAUAUCACUCUCAUUGAAUUCAUUUACCAUGAUUACAUGUGUAGAUCAAUUUUUUUACAGAACCCUGGCUGUCAUAUUGUUCAUUUGGAUAUAGAACGUGUCAAAAUUGAAUGGGAUGUCACCUCAAUCUAUUUGGUGUAUUAUAAUUUUAUACCGGUAGCCAACCUCUAAUGAAAAAAAAUGUGAUAUCUGUAAUUUAAAAAUAGAUAAUAAAACAUGGUUUAAACUUUAAAAGCUAAAACAAAAUAAAAAAAAUGCAAUUUAUAACACAUGACUACAUGUGUUAUUGAUAUUGGUGUACGUGUAUGCAGCUGUAUUUGCCCUUUCAGUACUUGUAUGAUGUGAAGACAUACAUGUGUUAAAACCUGUUAUUUAUUUUGAAACUAUAUAUGUAUGUAUACUUUAGUUUUAUAUUUCAGUUGCUGCCAAAUAACAUUUACAAUCAGUGCAAUCUAUUAAAAACUCGCGAAGUCUGCCAUUCAAAGUAUUUUACAUUACAGUACUUAUUUAACUACAACAAAAACAAGCAUACGGCUACCUCAUCUUUCGUGAUUGUAUAAAAUGUGAAUCAGAUAUACGGAAUGCUGUUUUAGCCUGUUUUACCUCAAUAGUUUACACCACAGUUAUUUAAAGGGGAAGUUUGAUUGGUUUAAGAAAAAUAUGAAUGAGGCUUGAAAAUCUACUGAAAAACAAGGUUAUGAAUAUUCAACAUGUGGAUUUUGAUACAUCAUUUAUGAGCUGCUCUCCCAUAUCCUAUGCAUGUAAAUGCCAUAAUUUGGGUUUUUUUCUUGAAAGAAUUGCUUUGUCUCACAGAUGCAUAUAUAUCAGCGUAAUUUAGAUAUCAUCUCCCUUUUAGCUCCAUGGUUUAACUCUCAUAACUACAUUUUUUUGGGUGGAUUUUCUUUCCGUUGUCAUUCAUAUUCACCUUCUGUUUUUCUGCCUUUUGAAACACUAAUUUCCAUGAUGAACUUCCUCUCUUAAAUCAGUAGCAAAACAUCUCUAUCAAAGUGUAUCAUUUAUGUUCCAAACAGAAAAAAUCUUGUGAAUGUUUGCCAAUUAAACAACUUAAAUAUUGUAUGACUUGCCAAAGUUCACUUCAAUUUCAUUCACUUUAUAUGCUAUGACAUAUUCACGGGUAAUUCAGUCAUAUAAUUUUAUCGAAACCUAAUUUGGGCUGAGAAAGCCGUUAAUGCGGUCUAGUCUGCAUUGACGUUUUAGAAUAUUGGUGUUUACUUUGGUUACAGUGCAGAUUUAUAAUGUACAAUUAAGACCACUUGUUACCACAAGUAAAAGGGACAAUUAUCUGUUUAGUAGCUUAAAAAUACUUGCCAUCCACAUAUGCAAUGUUAAUCAGUAGGGGAUUAGUAAAGAACAAGUGCAUUCUUUUCAUUUCGAUCCUUGAAUCUCCUGCAUUAAUUAAUGCAUGGUCACCAUAUUUUUUAUAGCAUUUUCUUUUCACAUUUUUUUUCCAUGUAUGGAUAUGCAUUAGAGUUUAAAAUGGGUACAAGUAGAUGAUUAUGUAUUCUUUUUAUAUACCUCUAUUGAUGAUUUUGUAUAGUUUUGUUUACUUGAGUUGCUUAGAUUUAUAGCUUUAUAUGGAAACGUAUUAGAACAGAUAUACAUAUUACAAGAGAAAACAAAUGUUUGCCAGUAAAAUAUAUGACCUUGCCAUUUCAUGUAUGUAUUUAUCCAACAACGUAGUUAUUUGGUGCAGAUGUAUUCACCUUGAUUUCCAUCAAACACUUGUUUUAUUUGUUGGAUAUUACAUCAGCUUAGGAUUUGCUAGUCUAUUUACACGUUGGUUAUAAUUAUAGGCCUACAUCUAUUAGUUUUGUUUAGUUGAGUUGUACAGAUGGAAGAUACAUGUAUAAGUUAUAGAACAGAUAUUUUACAAACGAAACAUUUUUGUGAUAUUAAUGAUAGUACAAUACAUGAGCUUGCCAUCUAUGUGUAAUGUUGAAGUUAGGAGUGCAGAUGUGUUCACCUUGAUUUUAUGGAAAAACCUUGUUAUAUUUAGUGGAUAUGAUUUUGGUUGUGGAAUUGAUGGUCUAUUUGCAUGUUUACCAGUACCAGUAGUUGAGUUUCACAGGUUUAUAAUGUACAUGUAACAUUAUUAGAAUAGAUGUAUAUAAUACAAGAGAUAACAUAUUUUUGUGAUGUACUGCCAGUGAUAUGUACAUGUAUGAAUACAGAUGUAUUCUGUUUGAUUUUCAUUGAACCUUAUUGUCAUGUUCAUUGGGGGAUGUGAUAAUCUAUUUGCUUGUUGAUGUAUUAGACAUCUACUAGUUUUGUUUAGUUCAGUUGCACAGAAUUUGGAGAAGACUGAUCAGGUUUAUUGCGGCAAAUGCCUUAGAUUAAUAACUUCUCAUCAUUAUGUCCGUAUUUGUUGACAGUCUAUUUUUCUAUGUACAUGUAUUUGAUCUACAGCAAAAAUCAUGUGCUCACACCACAAUCAUUUGCAGAACAUUAAGCAGUGUAGGAAAAAAAAAGGAAUAAAGGCAAUAAGACCAUGUUCAUGUACAUAGAAAAAUAGUGUCAACGAAAUAUGUCUGAAUAAAUUCAAACCAACAUAAAAUGCUCUUAUAUGUUAUAACAGAGCUCACCUUGAUGUAAUUCUACAGUAUUAUUGUUCAUAAUGAAUAAAACACAACAAGUUGAUUA